UCGAGAAAAACAAAAUCAUGUGGACUGUGGACACGAGUGUGACAAAUAAAUUUUUUUGAAUUAAAUAAUUAAUUAACAAACAAUAAAAUCAUUGAAUAAUUUUUUUAAAUGAUAAAUAUGUAAACUAAAUAUAUGUAAUAUAUAUAUGAAGUAGUGAAAAUAGUAUUGGUUAAAAAAAUUUGUAAUUUUGUUUUUUAAAUUUAAUGUUUGAAAUUUAAUUUGUUGUGAUAAAGAAUUGAAAUAAAUAAUAAAAUGGUCGUAAAUGCAACAGAACAUGGGAUUCAAGCGGACGUUAUUUUUGUGAUAGAAGGGACCGCAGCCAAUGGCGCAUAUUUUAAUGACUUGAAGACAAAUUAUUUAAUACCGACAUUGGAGUACUUCAACCAGGGUAACAUUGAAGAUCGGGAAUACGUUACGGAAAAUAGCACGACGCGGUAUGGAAUCGUUAUCUAUCAUGCUGCUGAUUGUUUACCGAGACCGUGCACUGACACAUUUGGCCCGUACUCGAAUCCCCAUAAAUUAUUGCAACGACUAGAUAAUUUAGAAAUGGUCGGCGGCCGCGGAGAAUCUCACGCAAAUAUAGCAGAAGGUCUCGCAACAGCUCUGGUGGGCUUCGAAAAUCUCCAAUUGGAACGAGAGCCCAGCACCGCAUCUCAGAAGCACUGCAUCCUCGUCUGCAACUCGCCACCUUAUCAGAUCUCCGUCCAAGAAACCGCCAAAUUCCUUGGCUGCACAAUCGAAUCCCUCCCGCCGCUCUUCCAAAAACGCAACAUCAACCUCUCGUUAGUCUCUCCCCGAAAAAUACCCGAGUUCUUCAAACUACUCGAGCUCGCCAUGGGUGAUCCCCAAAGCUCGCAGAUAAAGAACUACGCCAAAGACCCUCGCAAUCUCGUACUCCUCCACAACCUCAACCUGAAAGAGCGAGCCGAGAACCCAACAAACGUAACUCCAGUCCAUACGGCAGCUGCAAACACAGUCCAGAUUCCCUCGAGUCCAGUUCCAGUCCACGACAGUCCCAACACAAAUCAACCCAACGCAAACAUCCCCCAGCAUCCAGCACCACAGAACCCUGCGUUCAGAAACGCGACUCCGAUAAACCUCGGGUUCAAUCAUGGGGCCACUGUCCAGUCUAACAGUCAAGGCGCUGCCUUGAUUGCCCAGUUGGCGCAGCCACCGACAGCCCUGACGAGUAUCAAUGUUCCCUUCAACCAACGUAUGGAAGCCAAUGGAAUGCAACCCAGUGCCCCGGCACCUCAGGCUCCUCAGCAGAACCAGCAGGCCCAGCUUACCCCCCAGCAACAACAACAAAUUCGCAGCAUGUAUCUGCAGCAGCAACAGCAGCAACAGUUACAGCAGCAGACGAUGCAAAUCGCACCGAUAGCUGCUGUCAGUUCCACUGGAACUUCUGGACCAACUUCAGUUCAGCAGAAGGUUACGCAGACUACUGCAGCAGCGCCUCAGCAUCAGCCUGUGGCGGCUGGUGCUGGACAGGUCACGACCAGAGAGCGGCCUCCUAUUUGGCAGGGAGUACUCGAGUGGCCGGAAAUGGCCAAGAAUCCAACGGACGCCCAGAAGCAGACCCGUCAGGUUCUGUGUCGAGUGACUGCUAAUCCUAAGGACAGCGAGCCGGAGUUGAAAGCUGAUUCCUGGCCGGGUAAAUUGACAAUGCAUCUGAUGCCCAAGCAGCUGUUUGGUAGCAUAGGCGGCGGUUAUUUGAAAAACUCAAAGAGCGUUUUGUUUCAUCCGACACCUUGUGAAGCUUUGGAAUCUUUGACUAAAAUAAUGAGCUUAGGAUUCGCGGGUUGCGUUUAUAUUACAUCUGCUUCGGCUCUACCGGCGUGUGAAUUUAAAGUUCUGAUUUUACUUUACUAUGCUGAGAAACGAACAUAUAGAGGAUUUAUUCCUAAUGAUCAGGCGGCAUUUGUUGAUAGGAUUAGAAAAGCCAUUCAGCAUCAAAAGUCAUCUCCAGCUGCCUCUAGAGGGCAGAUUCUCCCGCCAUCUGCUGGAGGUCCAAGUGGAUCUUCGACUGCUACGAGUGUUCCGCCGCAGACCACCGCAGCGGCGCCUCAGCAUCAACCGGUGACGGCUGGUGCUGGACAGGUCACGACUAGAGAUCGGCCUCCUAUUUGGCAGGGAGAACUCGAGUGGCAUGAAAAGGCCAAGAAUCCAACGGACACCCAGAAGCAGACCCGUCAGGUUCUGUGUCGAGUGACUGCUAAUCCUAAGGACAGCGAGCCGGAGUUGAAAGCUGAUUCCUGGCCGCGUAAGUUGACAAUGCAUCUGAUGCACAAGCAGCUGAUUAAUAGCAUAGGCGGCGAUUAUUUUAAAAACUCAAGGAAGGUUGUGUUCCAUCCAACACCUUGUGAGGCUUUGGAAUCUUUGACUGAAAUUAUGAGCGCAGGAUUCGCAGGUUGCGUUCAUUUUACAUCUGCGGCGGCUUCGUCAGUGUGUGAAAUUAUAGUUCUGAUUUUAAUUUACUAUGCUGAGAAACGAGCAUAUAUAGGAUUGAUUCCUAAUGAUCAGGCGGCAUUUGCUGAUAGGAUCAGAAAAGUCAUUCAGCAAAAGUCAUCUCAAGCUGCCUCUAGAGGGCAGAUUUUUCCGCCAACUGCUGGAGGUCCAAGUGGACCUUCGACUGCUACGAGUAUUCCGCCGCAGAUGCCGCCCGCGGGAGGUAUCGUUUCUCAGGGAGGAAUCAUGAUGUCGCAGACCAAUACCAUGACUAUGGGAGGUGGCCAGAUCACCCAAGUUCCUACUCAGCAACAGGGACUGGCCAACCAGCAGCCUAAUCAGGGUCAGAUGAACUUGCAGGGCGCGAUGGCUCAGCAGGGGGUUGAGAAUUCAGGCGCGGGUAUGAUCAGUGGACAUCAGCAGCAGCAGAGACAAAUGUAUGAAAAUAAUUCUAAAGCUGCCAGGCAGCAGAAUUUGAUGAAGAUUCAUCAGCUGAAACAGACUCUGGAGGCUGCUCAACAACAGGAAGCUCAAUACAAAUCUCAGUAUGGAGUUAAUAUUCAACAAAAUUUAGAGGUCGCGCAACAGCCAGAAAUGCAAUUUGAGCAGCAAAUUGAGGCUCAACAACAAGCACAGAGAGGAUUAAACCCAAAUGCUGGUAUGGCUGGACAGCAACCGAAUGCUCAAAGAAUGAUGAGACCAGCGAUAACUAGUAAUUUACAGCUGCGACAUUUACUUCAGCAGCAACACAAUCCACAACAAGUUCUAGGAAUGCAGCAACAAAUGGUCGGACCGCGAGGACAAAUAAACGUACGGCCAAUUAACAACAAUAAUCAACCAAAUCAGCAGUUUGAUGACGUUUCGAAUUACGACUUUAAUAGAUAAUUUGUUAUUCAAAAUUAUAAUAACUUAAUGAAUGUUAUUUUGUAAAUAAGUGUAAUAUUGAAUAAAUAA